AUGGAAUACUCAAACAGUUCGUCUGGUAGACGAUUCGAUGAUCAACCACAUUCUCCAGAAUCCAGGAAAGAACGACUCCCAGAGAACUUUUACGGAACCGAUCCCGAUCCACAAUACUACGACGAUGCCAGCUCGCAUGAUGAGAUGUUGGCCGGUGUAGCUAAAGUAGAAGCAGUCCAAGCAGUCUGGGGUCCUGUCUCUAAGUGGUUCUUGUUUGGAGGAAUUGCUCUUUCAUCAUAUAUCUACUCUCUCGAUGGUGUGACCACUUGGCAAUAUCUCAGUUACGCAACAUCCUCUGUCUUGAAACAUUCUGUCUCCGGAACAAUCUCAACCGCAAACGCCAUCAUCAUCGCCGUCGGUAAACCCUUGAUGGCAAAGCUCGCUGAUGUCGUUGGUCGAGCCGAAACAUUUGUCAUUGUGACUAUUUUAUACGUGGUCGGCUAUAUUGUUAUCGCUACUGCCAAUGAUGUCAACCAAAUUGCCGGUGGACAAAUCAUCUACUCUUUCGGUUAUACUGGUCUUCAAAUGCUUCAACAAAUUGUUAUUGCUGAUAUGACCAAUCUCCGAUGGCGAGGUCUCGUCACCGGUCUUGUUUCUGCCCCUUUCAUCAUCAAUAACUUUGUCUCUGCUGAGAUUGCUCAAGGCAUCUUGCCCAAUUGGCGAUGGGGUUACGCUAUGUUCGCCAUUCUUGUGCCCGUCUCCUUGGCUCCAAUCAUUGUCACGCUCUUCUGGGCUCAAUGGAAGGCUAGAAAGAUGAGCCACAACAAAGCCGCCCCCAAGGCUCACAAGCGAUGGAACGCAGUGAUAGUAGAGGCUGCUCUCGAAAUGGAUCUUGCAGGUCUCGUUCUCAUUGCUGCUUCUCUUGCUUUGAUCCUUCUUCCUCUCGGUCUUGCCCCUGCCGCCAAAGGCCAAUGGCACAACCCUAGCAUGAUCGGAAUGGUCACCGUUGGUGCUAUACUCUUCCCUAUCAUGCUUGUUUUCGAAUGGAAAGUGCCCCGAAAACCCGUUGUUCCCAUGAGAUGGCUCAGAAGAGGUCCCAUUCUCGGUGCUUGUUUGAUCGGUUUCUCAGAUUUCGUCUCUUUCUAUCUUCAAUACACCUACUUAUACUCAUAUGUUUACGUCACCGAAAACUGGAGUUACCGAAACUUGACCUACUUCAGUGCUACACAAUCUCUUGCUCUUACCGUCUUUGGUAUCCUCGGAGGUCUCCUCAUGUAUAUCACUCGAAGAUUCAAGUGGAUGCUCUUUGGUGGUCUUCUCGUCAGACUUCUCGGUUGUGGUCUUAUGCUUAAAGCUCGAUCUGCUUCUGGUAACACCGCUGAACUCGUCAUGUGUCAAGUACUUCAAGGUCUUGGAGGUGGUUUCGCUGCCAUCGCCAUUCAAGUCUCUGCCCAAGCUGCGGUUGUCCAUGUGGAUGUCGCCACUGUGACAGCUAUGGUUCUCUUGAUUACCGAAGUCGGAAACUCUGUUGGCUCAGCUAUUGCUGCUGAAAUCUGGUCGUCCCACAUGCCUGCUGCUCUCGCUAAACACGUUCCAACAAACAACGCUACUCUCCUUGCCGAUCUUUAUGGCUCAAUCACUCAAAUCGCUCUCUACCCAGAGAAUGACCCUAUCCGAAUGGGUGCCAUUGUAGCUUAUCAAGAUGUCAUGUUCAAACUUGUCCUUGGUGCUCUCAUUGUUGCCAUCCUUCCUCCCAUCUUCUGUGUCAUCUUCACCAAAGAUAUCAAGCUCACUCGAGCUCAAAACGCUGUCGACGCUAAAGAUUUAUCUGGUGAACCCACCGAAGAACCUGUAGCUUACGGUGAAAGACCUAUUGCUGCUGAAACUGGCUUACAGACUUCCCAAAGAAUCUAA